UGUAAAUACAUAUGAUGACACACUGUAGUGUGUAAUUUUAUCUGACCACGCGAUUAUUUAAUAGUGAAAAAAAUUCGAGAAUAGGCUGUUUAAAAAAAGUAUAAAUCAUGUCUCAAAUUCCGCAGGAUGUUUCUGUUGAUGAAAUAAUAAUUUUUCUUGUAAAAGAACGUAGCUAUUUAUAUGAUAAAUCAUCAUAUAGCUACAAAAAUAAUGACAAAAAGAAUAACGCUUGGGAGGAAAUAGCCCAACAAGUGUUUGAAAUAACAGGAACACCAAUUACAGCUGAAAAAGCCAAAAACAAAUGGGAGUACUUUAAAACAAAGUACAGUGAACAACGUAAAGAUAUAGCAGUUUACAUCCCAUCAGGGUCAGCAGCAACUAAAAACCCGAAUAUUAAGUGGAAAUAUUACAAUUGUAUGCUCUUUUUAGAGAAACAUGUUACUCAUCGACAAACAGACAGUUCCUACAAAUUAACGGACGAUGAAUGGAAAGGUGAAGAAAAAAACGAUAUAAACGGUACAAUAAAAGAAAGUUUAAUUUUUGAUGAUAAAGAAGAAAAUCAAAAUAUAGAAGAGAAAAGAUUAAAUUGUCAAACAAUUGAUUAUUUGUCUGCUUUCAAAGAAACAUGGGUGAGAAUACCGCAGUCGCAACGAAAGAAAUGUUUCUUUAAAUUAAUUGAAAUUAUUGAAAACAAACAAAAAAAAUGAAAUAAAUAAAAAAUAGUAUUGACAAAAAUUCAUUUA